AUGAUGAGAAAAGCUUUGAUGCACCAACCAAACAGUAACACUCAGGCACCUGAGGUCCCGCCGUCAUCUUCCGCUCCCAAACAUGACGCGGCGAAGGAGGAAGACCCGAUGAAGAAAGAGCUCGACACAAAGACCCGAGAAAUAAUAGAUUUGAAAGUAUGUGAACGGCUUCCACCUUUUCACCAGCAAUCUCUAGCAAAUUCCCUCCCCGCAACUGACGAGUCUCUCUCCUUUCGACAGGAUAGAUACCUACGCAGCGUCGCCGACUUCCGCAAUUUACAGGACCGAUCGAAACGUGACAUAGCUCAAGCGCGGCAAUUCGCCAUUUCGCGAUUUGCCAGCGAUCUUAUAGAAAGCGUAGACAACCUCGAUCGAGCACUCGGCACAGUCGACCCAGCAUUCCUCCCGCCCUCUUCCUCAGAACCCAUCGCCGCAGAAUUUUCAAAUGGGGACGAUAGUAAGGAGGAUGGAAUGAAGGAGCUUAAUAAUCUGUAUCAAGGCUUGGUGAUGACAGAGAGAAUACUGAUGCAGACGCUGAAAAAGCAUGGAUUAGAAAGAUUUGAUCCAGCCGAGAAGGCCGAAAAGUUUGAUCCAAAUCUUCAUGAGGCGGCUUUUAUGACAAAAAUGGAGGGCAAGGAGGAUGGAAGCGUCUUUAGCACUAUGCAGAAAGGGUUUAUACUAAAUGGUAGGGUCGUAAGGGCUGCAAAGGUCGGAGUCGUUAAGAACAGCUAG